AUGAAUGAUGAUGCCCUGAAGAGUAGGAAAUACUGUUGUAUCCACUCUGGCUCAUUCGUCUCGGCAGACAAAUAAAACUUUUACAAGAGUUGGGACAAAUCGGUGAGGCACCUUUUUCGACGUCAGUCAGUCGGUGAACGGCAUUUCGCGCUGCCAUUCGCCGGUGUCAACUCUUGAGGCGACGGACCUUCGGUUCUAGCCGAACGGAAGGAGAAAGCAAGGUGGAACGAAGCCAGCAUUUCCUUGGAGGAUUUGGACCAAGUCAGAGUGGUGUUGGAAAACACUUCAGAAGAGAGUUUCAUAAAUCAGACAUCCUGCAGUGUUUUUUGUUCCUACUUGAAGAAGGUUAUGUCUGUGGGACAUGCCGAUUUUGAGAGCUAUUGAAGGCACAAUCACCCAAGGUCAUUGAAAACCAAGAUACGUGAAAUGAAGUCAAAACCAUCUUGGAACCAAUAGUGAGUUGGACCUGCUAUUGGGUUUUCUCGGGCUGGCCCACGGACCCCACAACCAUUUGGUCGGAUCUUGGAUAGCUGAGCAAGUUUCAAUACCGUUGCUUUUUGUCUACCCAGAUCCGAUAUUUCACCGCUCUCGUGGUGUAACUAAACAAUCCGCCUUGCAACAACAAUGGGCCAUCCCAAGGAACAAGGAACAUCCCGAGGGUAGAGGAAACUGUGAAAAGGCCAAAGACACACCAACUCACUCAAGAAGUGACAGUUCUUUGAAAACAGCCAAGCAUUUAGGCUCUGGUUGUCGAGUUUUAAAAUAUUCCAUCCAUCCCUCGGUGGCUGUUGGUUGUUCUCCUGCUUGUUGUUGUUGUUGUUGCUGUUGUUUCUGUCUUCGUCGUCGAGGCUUUGAAUCUUGAGAUCCGAGGAAAACCCAGAGUGAAGAAGGAGAAGAGAGGCCAGAGAGCCUCGAGGCUGUUGGAUGGAUCAAACAAAGAAAUAAGAUGAUCAUGUCAAGCCGAGCGUUCUGGGUGGGCUUCCAUUUUCUGAUCUUGGAUUUACUAUGGCCGUCGUGGUCUUCGAGCGUGGAGUCCUCUUUGGUGAAUGACAAACAAUGGAUGAGCUCCUUGUCCAAUAAAGAAGGCACAUUCACGGCAGACUUUGAGGAGGAAAAUGGAACGACCAUCGCUGUGCGGGAUGGAACCAAAGCCGUUCUUAAUUGCAGGGUCUACCUUCGACACGAUAAAACAGAAGUUGUUCCACUCGCCUCACAAAAAUCCCCUUCCUCGUCUCCUCCCAUGGGUCUUUGGUCCGAGACCACAGAAAGCAGAAAGUGAAGGAAACUCAAUCAGGAAGUUGUUGUUUAAGAAUAGUUGAUCCACCAGACCUUAUGAUCCUGGCAUAACUGAACCAAAAUCAUAUCGGUCUUCUUCUGUACAGUAUAUCCGCUCCUCCAGACUCUUGGACGCACUUCUUCAGCUUGAAGGGACCUUUCAUGUUAAUAAUUUGAAUACUCGGUGAUUUGUAGCUUUGUCCUUCCGGACCAGCUUUUUCUCCUCAUUCUGUCAUCCUUGGAACCCCAUUGAGCUGUAGGCUAUUGUUACCAGUGCAGUGACCCCAACCAUAUUCUAGUUAGGA